UUUAUUCGUUUAUCGCGUAGCUGUCGUAAAAUCUUUUUCGUCGUCGCGAAAAGUCAUACUGUUCGCCAGAUGUUAACGUCACAGAGACCAACAGAGCUACUAUACGAACUAUCGAAAUAAUUUCUCUCAUUUGGACAUGGUUUUCGUAAUAAAAAAUUCAGUAUUCAAAUAUCUUUCCGUGUGAUUUCACGAUUAUCUUGUUGAGAGUGACAAUUAGGGUUCUUACACAAGUGACAAGUGUUUAUUUUUGCAUGAAAAGAGCGAAAGUUACUCGAAUCGCUCUUAUCUUCUCUAUUUCGAUCCUCAGAACUUGGUGUCAUUUUUACUCUAACGCCAUAUCUAAUUAAAAUACAAAUAGAUUGCUAAAAGUGCAUAUAUGCAAUCUGCAUGAAUUUGACGUUUCAAAAAUUAAUUUUUUUGUAUACGUAUCUUUUUUUUAAUUUUAAACAUCCGAACGAAUUGAAAUCACAGAACCGAGUGAACAAUGGGUUGACAUGGAUUUGGAUGCCUUUAUUAUAAGCUCGAAUACAUCUUGGAUUUAUUACGCAACAUAUAGUGGCAUAAAAUAAUGUGAAUGACUCGUGCAAGAAGCCGCCGUUAAAAAAAUGUGAUUGCAAUGUCAAUUAACAUAUCUCGCUCUGAGAUAACUGAUUUGUUAAAAAUAUAUUUACGAAGAUACAUAAACGAAAUAUGGAAAGUGGCAUUUUAUUAUGUAUCAGUUAAAUCAUUUUUUAUUAUCAUAGAUAAGCAUAUCGUCGAGAUAAACCGAUUGAUUAAUCACGAUAUUACAACGAAGAUUGCUUAUUUCCAAAAUCAUAUUCAAGAUGUUCUUUCUGGUCCUCUUGGACGCGGAUUGUUCCGGUCGAACACUAGCUACUCUUCUGGUCGCGUGGGUGACAACAGCAAUGGUAGCAUCGAUAUUAUUGCAAUGGGAAUAUAUGUGGAUUGUUUUGGCGAUAUUGACGCUGCUAUUAUUAGUCUGCGGAUACACCGCUUACAGUGUCAAGAGGACUCAUGCGAGAAUUUUAAUCGAGCAACAAAGAAGAGCUGCAAUUCGGACUGUGUCGGGUAUCACGGCCGCUAAUCGCAGAGAGGUAGAAUCAACAUAUUCGACUCACCUGCCUGCAGAUUUACCACCGUCCUAUGCGUCUGUAAUAACUACACAAACAUCUCCUCGAGCGUCAUCCAGCGAAGACAAGUACGAAGAUCCUCCAUCGUAUUCGAUCGUAAUCGCUUCCUUAGACAAUACUCAAGAUCGAAAUAACGCAGGAAUUGCAAGCGAAUCGAACGUAUCGUCUCCCAAAUCCGCUGCUGAUGCUGCUGUCGUCACUUCCGCUUCCACAUCCAUCACGUGUUCACAUGAAAGAUGAGAUAUUAUACGUAUUGGAUCGUAUAUAUUUCUGUAAAAGAGAUGAACAAUUAAGGAAAAUGACAAGUUGUCUGAAAUAAUUAAGCAUAUGUGAUAUUACAUAUAUCUUCUUUGAAAAGAUUUGUCAUUGGUGCGUGUGUAUGUGUUAUUUCUGCAUUAUAUAUUAUUGUGAGUGUAUGUACAUACAUAUUAUAUAUGUAUGAUAGUGAAUGAAUAUCAAUUCAUCUUUGACACAGUUCAUAUUUUUUAUUUAUUAAAAUACUUUAAUUUAGCACA